GAUACCCGACUGCCGUCAAUCAAUCGAAAUAUGGAAUCGCGGAGACUCCACGCCCUCGGUUCGACCGUUCUUUGCCAUCUCCGUCACUCGCUCCCUCGUCUCCCAACUCCAGCUUUGCAUAUAUUCUCCUCUUCCAACCCCCCUGAAAAGUGGAUCUUGCCGACAGCAUCGACUCAAACACCGUUCAGAAGGCCCUCAGAUUGCCAUUAGUCUUCGCUGCUGCUAGACGGAUUGCACUCAAAGCAAUGGAGGUGCUCGCCGGCGGCACAGCCUAUCCGCUAGGCCACGGAGCCGAUGCGCCCACCUACUUCCAAGCAAUCCUGUUUCCAGCGCUCGCAUUCCCAGCAUGGAUUCUCUGCCUUCCCUCCAUGAUCUGGCACUUUCGACAAGCCAACGUGGCCGCGGGGUCAAACAUACUCUGGAUCAUCCUGCACAACUUCUUCAACUCGAUCAACGCCCUCAUCUGGCCGCGAGACAACCUGCUCGACUGGUGGAACGGCAGUGUAUGGUGCGACGUCCAUGUGCGUAUCCAGGUCGCAAGCUACGUGGGCAUUGCAGCAUCCGCAGCCAUGAUCACGCGCAAGCUGGCCCGGGUCAUGGACACGCGCAACAUCACGGUAUCGAGCAGCCGCAAGAGCCGGAUCCGCGAGAAAAUAUGGGAAGUCGUAUGGUGCUGGGGCGCCCCGUUCGUCCUGGCAAUCGUGUACUAUGUCGUCCAGCCGGCUCGCUACAUCAUCUACGGCAUCGUAGGGUGUCUGCCGGCCUACGACACGUCGUGGCCGAGCCUCGUGCUGAGCAUCAUGUGGUUCCCCAUUGCCAUGGGCUUUGCCUCAUACUGGUCAGUUCUGCUCGUAUACCGCUUGUACCGCUAUCGGCAAGAAUUCCACCGCCUGGUUGCUGCUCAAAACACGACUUCCUCGCGCUUCAUCCGGCUGUUCAUCCUCAGCAUGACCAUCAGCGUCAUCUAUCUCACUUAUUCCAUCUACAUCACCGUCGUCGUCGCCUUGGUCGCAAAGGACCCUUACUCGUGGUCCACGGUCCACGACCCCGUCCAGUUCAACACCAUCAUCCACGUGCCUGUGGACGGGCAGGUUGCGUACGACAAAUGGAUCCAAGUCGCCACGGGCUACAUUACAUUUGUGCUGUUCGGCACCGGCGUCGACGCCCACAACUUCUACAGGAAACUCCUGCUCAGCAUGGGCUUGGGCAAGCUGUGGCCCAGCCUCUACAGACCAAGCGAAGCUGGCAACCGCACGCCCUCGAGCUUCAUCGCCGCACGCUCCUGGACCAGCAGUGUCUCGAGCAAAGCGAAACAGUUCCUCUGGUCGUCGUCGGCAACCCACUCGACAAAGUCGCUUGGAAACACGUCGGUUGCGCUCGACGACUCGGGCUCCGCCCUGCACAGCGUCACGACCGAGGACGCGCUGGUCGCACAGAAGCAAGCGGAGUCUGAACAAGCACAGCAUGGUCCACCGGCGCGAAACUCGCUGUUCAAGCGCUGGUUUGCAAGACCACAUACGGCUAUCGCGUUACUACCGCUGUUCCGCUACCGCAACAUUGCCGAACCUCACACUGCUAACGCUUCCACCACCAAUACUACUACUACCGCUUCCACCGCCGCCGCCGCAGACACAGUAGCCUCGACAUCCGCGCCGGGCGUCCACGCCCAUGCUUGGGCUACGCAGGCCGGACGAGCCAGCGACGCCGACGGCGUCUACGUCUUGCACGAAGUACAUCAGGACCGGCAUGCCCGACGGGACACGGAGAAGGACGACAACACCGAGUCGAUUUAUGCGUGGACGCAUGUCAAGGCGUGAGAUGGCAUGGCGAAUGCUGUGCCUACAUCAUAUAUCAGACGCCGCCCCUCUUCUUUCUAAACCUUGUUCCUUUUGUCUACUCUCGAUUUUUGGUUACCAGAUGGGUGUAUGUGUGUGGCUUUGGGGGUACACCGUGUGAAUGCACAAUGGAACUUUUUCUCUUAUUUUCUUCACACAUCGCGUACGAUUAUUUGGUAGUCAUUUAAUGAUCAGGUCGACU